CCGCGGAGGUCAGCCGGUUCGCUGGCGAUGGGCACAUGCCAUAUCUUUGCCCGUAUGGGCGAAUGUCGGAACGAUGCCUGCAGGUAUCGGCACGAAGGCGGUGGAUCGGGAGAACCAACCCCUAACGUUCCUCACGGCGUCUGCAGAUGGUUCGGCACCCCCCAAGGCUGCAAAUACGGGUCUGACUGCACAUUUUCGCAUGGAAGCGUCAAUUCAACCGCGGUUAGACCAGUCAGGCGGCCCCCAAGACGUCUCGAUUGGUCGGUCUCGCUGUCGCUGCCACAAGCUAUGAUUCCUAGCGCCCUGCGGAAAACCAUCACGGAAGGCCUUGCGAUCGUCGAAUCUGAGGAUUCGGAAUUGCGGCAGCUUAUGAUAAAGGAGCUGGGGAGUGCGCGUGGCCUGCAGUGGAUCGUCAAGGUUCUCGAGGGACAGUACAGUAUCAACCAGUACGAAGAGCGCAGCAUGAGGAAUUUUCCGAGACGCUACUCCCAUGAGCGCAGCCUGGGGUUCCACGAGCAUUGUGUUCCUUUUCUGAGACUCAUCUCCCACGAGCACAUCCUUGCCUCGCUCGUGCUGGAGAACGUCGUGGGUACCAUAUAUAAUGUUAUCGGGAAGCGUGGUGUCGCUUUCUUCGGCAUGGCCGCUGCUCUCCUGCAGACGGCCAUGGACAGCGAUUCUACCGACGAACCGCAACGCGAGGAAGCAAUCUUUGCGAUUUCGGCUACGAUGUUCAGUACGAUCAAUCUUAAUCAGGACGCAUCCAUCCAGGAGGGGUACAUGGCGAUUGCGAACUCACUCGGCGAGUGUCUGCAGCGGUUCCCUUCCGACCGCCAGCAGAGUUUUGCCCUGAGAUCGAGCGCUCGGCAUCUCCAGCGGAUCGAACAGCGUCUCAACAUGGGCACAGCCAUCCCAGGCGCAACAUAUGCCACCACCACUACAGCCUCCCCAGAGUUUCAGUUCUACGUCGACCCGCCGGGUGAUUUAUCGGUCAACGGCCCCCGCCAUGACAACGACCACGCUUCGAUCGAGAGGAUCUGCAUCCUCCCCACCACGAGCGAGCUCAAAGCCGUCCGCCCCGAGUUUCUUCCCAUGAAGUACAAAGAGAGUCCCCACCACGAGACCGGAAUCCAACGGCUUCUGGAUUCGCAGUUCCGCUUGCUGAGAGAGGACACUUCCGGUCAGCUUCGGGACGCUGUCUGCGGUCUCGUUACGCAUUGGGACCAGCUGGUACGCGGCAGCGAUAAGAAUCUGAAGCGAAAGAUUCACAGGCAGAUCAAUGCCAGACUCAGCCUGUUCACGCACGCCAAGGUGAAACGGCUGAACUGCGACCGUCGAGUCGGUCUCACAGCAAAAGUCACAUUCGCGCAACCUGUUAAUAUGUCGAAGAUGAGAGAACAACAGAGGAUCGCCUGGUGGGAGGAGUCCAAAGACCUUCAGAAGGGGAGCAUCGUGGCAAUAGUCGAUAACACCCUGGAGACUUUAUUUCUCCUUGUUACCGAACGCACGGUGUACCAGAAGGUUGGCGUGGAUUCCGCCCAUGAGCCCGACGAAGAUUUGGUUGGGACCGAUCAAAACGCGACGAUUACACUCGCCUUGAUCGAUCCCACGUCCAAGAUCGAUCAGGCACGAUUGAUGACUCUCGCUGCGCCAUCGAAAGACAGCUCUGCAGUUCUUGUCGAGUUUCCGGGUCUGUUAUUCGCAUCGUUCGAACCCGUUCUGAAAGUCCUCCAGAGUCUGCAUCGACAGCCGCAUAUGCCAUUCGCCGACUGGCUUGCGCCGGGUCCCGAAACUCGGACCGAGAUUCGCGACGGAUUCGUCACAGUCCCGCCGCCCCUUUACCUAUCCAGAAAUAAUGUCUUCCUGGACCUGACAUGCAUCACGCAGGACGGGUUCCGGUUGCGCCACUCCCUCAAACAACCCGUUACCAUUGAAGAAUUGGAAGCCCAUACCACUCUGGACCGCGGACAGUGCCAAGGUCUUAUCAAUAGUCUUCGGCACGAACUGGCCUUGGUGCAAGGCCCUCCAGGGACCGGAAAAUCAUACGUGGGUGAUAAGAUCGUUCAGAUCUUGCUGGCUAAUAAACAUCGAUUAAGAAUCGGUCCGAUAAUUUGUGUCUGUUACACCAACCAUGCGCUUGACCAGUUUCUCGAGCACGUUCUCAACCACAAAAGUGUUGUGAAGCCCAAAGUGAUCCGAAUGGGCUCCAGUUCGAAGUCAGUGGUGCUAUCCGAACUCACGCUCGCCAAGGUUCGCUUCGGUACCAGAAAUACCAUGACAGAGAGUUGCAGCAUUCGGAAGCAUAAUAAGGAGCUGGACGAGAUCAGAAUGCGCAUGCAACCAGUCCUACAAUGGAGUUCCACAGGAUGCACUGUCUCUGCUGUCGCGGAUCGCUUACUAGAUUACGACCCGGCGUUUCAUGACUGUCUUUUUGCGGGAGCUAAGGGGGUCUACAGCGUUGACGCUGAGGGAUAUCAACUGGUGGCCAACCAUACAACGAAGCAGGAUCUCUAUGACCGUUGGAUUCAAGGAAUGGGUCGGCCUUGGGAGCGACAAAAUCAGCCGACACAGGCAAGGAGCAAUCGAAGUUGUGAUGACCUUCUCAAAUGUCCUCAGCAGGUGUGGAAGAUGUCGGUUGUCGAGAGGCGGAAAUUAUGGGCGCACUGGGUGGAAACCAUCGUCAACGCUAAACGUCACGAACUGCAAUCCUGCAUGGAGGAUUUCACCGAAACUAGUCGGAUGCUUCAAAUACAGUACAAGGAGAGGGAUAAAAGGUGUCUCGAGAAAGCUGAUAUUAUCGGCGUGACGACCACAGGACUGGCGAUGAAUGCGGAACUUAUUAGAAGGCUUCCGGUUAAGGUGCUCGUCUGUGAAGAGGCUGCCGAGGUGCUGGAGGCGCAUAUACUGACGGCCCUGAUACCGUCGGUCGAGCAUGCAAUUCUGAUCGGGGACCACCUGCAGCUCCGAGCCACAAUUUCCAACAACUCCCUAUCGAUGGAGAACCCUCAUGGUCAGAAGUACGGCCUCGACGAGUCGUUAUUCGAGCGGUUGGCCGAAGAGCGUUUUGAUGGCGCAAAGUUUCCCAUCGCACAACUCGGCGUGCAGCGCCGAAUGCAUCCCAGCAUCGCCGAACUCGUCCGCGAAACCCUUUACCCCGACCUACAAGACCACGUUGUCACCCUUAACUACCCAGAGGUUUGGGGGAUGCGCAGGAGGCUGUUCUGGCUCGAUCAUCGGAACCGGGAGGAUUCCGGUGGCAAGGACGGCUCCAUGCAGACGUCCAAGACCAACGAGUGGGAGGCAAAGAUGGUGGUCUCCUUGGUGAAGCAUCUGGCGAGGCAGUGUUCUUACCAUCGGAAGGAGGAUAUUGCGGUGCUCACGCCGUAUCUCGGCCAACUACGAAUUCUGAGGAAGAAAUUUUCGGAAACUUUUGAUCUAGUGAUCGGGGAGAAGGACAUGCAAGAGAUCGAGACCCAAGAGAGGGAUGAGAUGCGGACGGGAAAAAUGGAGAACCCAUGGCAGGGGAAUGAGAUCCGCAAGGGAAAGCUUGCCGAAGCCAUCCGCAUAGCUACCGUCGAUAACUUUCAGGGCGAGGAAGCCAAGAUCAUCGUCAUUUCUUUAGUCCGCAGUAACGAAAAGCACGAAUGCGGGUUCCUCAAAACCAGCAACCGGAUCAACGUGCUUCUCAGCCGUGCACAACAUGGCAUGUACAUCAUCGGGGAUUCGGAAACGGCACGCCCAGUGGAAAUGUGGGGCAAGGUGAUCAACAUGCUUCAGGAAAAGGAGAACAUCGGCCCUGCUCUUGCGCUGCAGUGUCCUCGACAUCCCAAGACGGACAUCCAUGUCGAGAAGCCUGAGGACUUUACUCGCUUGGCACCGGAGGGAGGCUGCUCGGAGAGAUGUGGGAAGCGCCUCAAGUGCGGUCAUUCUUGCAAUGUGAAGUGUCACGCUCAAGCCCUUCACGAGGCAGUCGAAUGCUACGAAGAUUGCAUCCGGCAAUAUACCCAUUGCUCACACUCAUGUCCUAAGCGUUGCUACCAACGCUGUGGAAAUUGUAUGGCCUCCGUGACCAACAAUAAAUCACUUCCCUGCGGCCACACUCCUACGAGUCUGUUUUGCUACCAAAUAAUCGACCUGGUGAGCGUUCCAUGCAUGCAGACCGUCAACCGUACGCUCAAAUGUGGGCAUACGGUGACGGUUGCGUGUCACCGGGACCCAGCGGCACUCGCCUGCCCGAGCAAGUGUGGAUCGCUACUGCCAUGCGGACACCGAUGCGGGCGCAAUUGUUUUACCUGCAGAAAGAUGAACCUAGAAAAUAAAGAGGAAGUAAUUGAGGAUCACCAAACCUGCAUCGUUCAGUGCGGACGAUCCUACACGACUUGCCACCAUGACUGCUCUAGAAAGUGCCAUCCUGGAACACCAUGUGGGCCAUGCGGACGUCCCUGCGAAGUCGCAUGCACCCACGCUCGCUGCUCAAAUAAAUGCAGCGAGCCUUGCCCUCCAUGUGCUGAGUCAUGCACUUGGAGUUGCAAGCACAGAGGCAAAUGCCACAUGCCGUGCGCUGUACCAUGCGACAUAAUUCCAUGUUCGGUCCGGUGCGACAAGCCCUUGGAGUGUGGGCAUCAAUGCCCCAGCAUCUGCGGUGAAGACUGUCCGAGUCCACAAUACUGCCGGCAAUGCGCCGGUAUCGAUAUCCUCGACAGAGUUCUUGAUCUCAUCGAACUCACCACAUACCGCGAAGCGGAUCUCGAUAGUGACCCGGUCAUCUUCCUCAACUGUGGACAUUUCUACAGCGUCGGAACUUUGGACGGCCACAUGGACCUAAGAAGUGCCUACGAAAUCGACGAGCAAGGCGAGAUCUUGGAACCGAAGAACUUCUCCAGAACCGAGAUCGAGGCUUGUCCCGAAUGUCGAGCGCCGUUGCGCAACAUACAUCGCUACAAUAGGGUCGUGAAGGGGGCAUUGCUAGACGAGGCUACGAAGCGGUUCAUGGCUCACGCUGGCACACUCCAGGCCAGAUUGAUUGCGGACGUUGCGCAGUGGGAGGCUAAACUCGAGCAGAUGGCCAACCAGUUUCGCAAGCAGGGGAAAGCAUUGAACACCGCGUAUACUAGCAAGGAGAAGGGAAUCAUGGAUUACAAAGAUUGUGCAGCGCAGGCCACCAAUUGUGUCGCUGCGUUCCUCGCCAUCGUGGCCAAGACGGAACAACCGUACGGCCGUGUUCAGAGUAUGGUUCUUAACGCCCGGCGGCGCCAAAACGCGGUCAGUAAAUUCGAGUUAGACAAUUCGGUUAUCCAGUACGGCUUCGAACUACGCGGCAAGGCGCAAUCACUGCGGGUCCUUUGGGCCAAUCUCUGGAACUUUCAGCGAAUGAUCAAACGCUUCGAUCCCGAAUUAGCCAAGGGCCACCGUAAGCAUUGGAGGAAUGAAAAGCUAGAGAAAGCUAAGAAUUUAUCAAUCGCGCUUAUACUUGACGCCGAGAAAGCCAGCAUGGUCAGGGAGGAGAUUGAGGCAUACAUCUACCACGCCAAAUUCGUCGCGUUGGAGCUGUACGAUGCUCCGGAAGCGACGGAAUUGCCGCUGGAGCAGAGGAGUACGAUUCGCGACGUUGAACUGCACCAUCUGGAUCAGUGCCUGCUCCGGAUCGACCAGCACGCAUCCGCCGAGCAUCUCCGCGCGGAUGUGGUGGCGGCACAGCAUCUGCUGAACGGUUGGACGUUUUACUCCUUUGUCAUCUCGGAGGAGAAGAAGACCAUCUAUGCCGCCAUGGCGCGGGAGUUUGGAGGUACCGGACAUUGGUAUUAUUGCCAGUUGGGACAUCCGUUCUCGGUCGGUGAGUGCGGUAUGCGAAUGGAAUUGGUGAGAUGCCCCGAGUGUGGCUCGCCGGUGGGUGGACAGAAUCAUCAGGCUACCACGGGUGUCACCCACGCACGAAAUUUGGACACGGAGUUUGGGCAGAUGACGAUCUAGGCUGGGAUUGGAGGUUUCUUUUUAUUUUUUUAUUUUUUUAUUUGGGGGUUUAUGUUUUGGAUAGGUAUCAUCUUCCCGGGAGAUCCUAUGAACGGGAUUGAUAGAAGUUCGGGAUUGAUUCCACUGUGUGAAAUAAUUUCUUUGUGAGCGAAGUGAUUAGAGCUGUCAAAAAUCAGGAAAAGGACCUGGUGAGUGCUUAAUCACAUACCAUCACUCACCCAUUUACUUCGAAAUUCGAAUGUCUACAGGGC